GAUCCAAUCCUUUUCUUUGCUCUUUGAUCUCACACAUACCUUGCACAGGUAAAACCCCGGUUUAGCAACCUCAUCCCAUCCCAAUCGUUACCUCAUCCACUGUUCAGGUCUCUGUUCAGCUUCUUUAUUCUGCAUUUUCCAAAUCCGCCUGAAUCAAUUUCCUGCUAAAUCCCUUAGUUUUGACCAGUCCACAAACAUACGGUCAUCCCACCCUCAAAAUGCUCCAGCUUGCCCAGACUCUCGCUUUGAGCUUGCUCCUUCUACCCACACACGCUGCCUUCUCGCUGUACGGGUGUUUUCCCAAGAGCAGUGUCGAAUCACUUUUGACCUACGGCGAUGAAUACACGUUCCAGAGCUCGGGCCAUUGUGAAGGUAUUUGUUCAGGCUCCCGGUACGCGGCGUUGAUCGAGGGGCUGACGUGCUACUGCGGCAGCAUCGAGAUCGAUUCUUCCGACGAGGUGUCGUCUUCCAACUGUGAUACAACCUGUCAGGGCUAUGGAUCUGAAAAUUGCGGUGGAUCCGACUAUUUCUUGAUCUACGAAGACGCCUCGGUGCUGGCCCUGGCUGUGGCCCUGUCGUCGUCGACGGCUCAGUCCUCGUCCACGUCGAGUUCGUCCCUGUCGUCUAAGACAUCCUCAACCCACAAAACCACUUCCACUGAAGCCUCUUUUUCCACCGACGUUGAAUCGAGUACCACCAGCGAAGCAGACGACGAAAGUUCCUCUGCAUCCAGCACCGACAAUACGUCACAGGUAGUAUCGACGGUGACCAGUGACUCGAAGCCUUCGGAAGUCACCAUCACCAAGACCAAGGAUUCUGAAUCCUCGCCCACUGCCAGUACUAGCGAUUCAGGCUCCUCCAGCGCAUCUGCUACUGGUCACUCCGACGAUACUAGCAAAAGCUCAUCGGGCUCGAGCAAAAAAAGUCUUUCUGGUGGUGCCAUUGGUGGUAUCGUGGUGGGUGUCGUGGGAGGUAUCGGUCUCUUGGCCGGGUUACUCUUUUUCCUCUGGUACAGAAGAAGACACUCGGACGACGACGAAGACGAUUUCGAAAAGGACGCUGAAGGAUUUCACGCAGUGCCGCCUUUGAACCGAACUGGUGGUAAGAGUGAAUAUAACGUCACCCCUAACCUGUUUGUGGGUAAAAAGCCUACGAUCAAAUCUGAGCAUACAAAACAACAAAGCCUUAAUAACAACUCGUUUGGCUCAAACGACGAGUACUUUAUGUUUGAAGAUGCCCGAGUUGCAAGUGUCGGACAUGGACAAGGUGCAGGUGUGCUUCCAUACCCAACCGAAGAUUACGGACGAAGAAGACUAAGCGACGGGUCUUUACCCGAUAUGAUCACCAAGGGAUCUCUAAAAGUUGUGAAUAAUUGAUAGAUCCAGUAAUGAAUUAAGUUUCAGUAAUAAAAUAAAUAUAUACCCCUCGAUGCAGUCGCUCGCGCCCGAUCCCAUGCAGUUCUUACUAAGGCACUGUUCGCUUGCAGGAGGUUAUUACCAAAUGGGGAUACAAUGACCGCACAAUCUCCAGUAAACAAUAUAGCAAACAUAGGGGAUUGGAUAAGUCCUAUAGACUGGUACUAUCAUAUUCUUAGCACAUCCCUAUAUAAUAGUACCAAUUUUUCCCUUCUCAUUCGUCUAUAAACUGUCGUUACAUAAAUACCAACAAGGGAAAUUUAAGACAAUAGUCUUUACGCGGUGUUUUGUUUGGGCUGAAAACCGUGUAGUAUUUCAGAUAAGUACAGUACCAUCCAUGAGUGUCGCAUUCUUCCAUUCUUUGUUCGCUGAGUGCUGAAAUGUCGCCUCACCUCAAACUUUUUUCGUAAUUUGAUAUGGCA